GGCGGCGGAUGGAGUUGACUGUUUGAAGUUGCAGUUGGUACAUGGUGCAGAUAGACAGGAUCUCUAUGUACCGAUCCCAGGUCCCAGGAAGCAUGAACUUGGGAUGUGUCUACCAGAGGAAGAGGCGGGCGAUGUGCUCACUGUCAGACACCUCAUUGAGGCAGUUGCUGAUCUCACUGAAAUCCCACAGGCAAACCAAAGGCUCAUCUUUAAAGGACGUUCACUAACAAAGCUAGACGAAAGUUUAACAUCACUUGGGGUGAAACAAGGCUCGAAGAUUAUGCUGCUAGGAAGGAAGCCUGAGUCAGUGGAUGUGGUGGAUGAACAGAAGUUGAAGAAAGCUGAGGCAGAACUGGAAAAACUGUCCAAAACCCUCAGUGAUAUCACACAUGAGCUUGAUGGUAUAAAUAAGGGCUUCCUGGAAAAGAAGCUUCAGUCUCCAGCGCUGCAGAAGCUGGGCAAGAAGAUUGGGUCUGCGUCCGAAGCCUUCAUGAAGCUGCUCGAGUCACUUGACGCUCUCCGUUUUGCAGAGGACAAUAAGGGCCCGAAGAUUAAGAAGAAAAACAUGGUUGACAGAAUACAGAAAUACCUGGAUCGUUGUGACACAUUGGCCGAAGGUGUAAAAGAUAUUCUACAAGGGCCUUCAUGAGUUUAAAUUGUUUUGUUAUUCAAUAUUAGGCAAGGUUGUUGAA